AUGAUAAGGUUACUACUCUUGUUCCUCGCCAUCGUGGUUCAGGGUGUAAAUGCUGCCUGGUCGAUCGGGAAACCUCUGAAAGCCUUCAGUGGGCUUACCGUGAAAUUGGAUUACCCUGUACCCGCAGCUCGCAAGCCCGAGGAAGUUGAAAUUUUGUAUUUCAAGGAUGAAGAAUGCACAGUCCCUUUCACCUGGGUGGGCGCUGAUGAGCCUUACUUCAACGCCGAUGUUUACAAGGGAACUGGCAACGGAGACGGAGGUCAAAUGAUGAAUGUUGACAUUUUCAUGGAAGUUCAAGGCAUUUCUGAAUCCGAAAUUGUUAACGAGUUGAACGGCCAAUCGUACAUUGCAUACUGCGUGAGAUUUCAGUUCCGGGACGCUGGUACCCAGGAGAUUAUGAACAAAUUGGAUCAUGAAAUUAUUGUCAGCGUCGAUUUGAAGGGAAGCAUUGGUAUUACUGGAUUCUUGGAGGAUGAAGAACAAAAAUUUGCUGCAGGAACAGAUUUGUGUGACGCUGAUGGCCACUAUGUCGCACCGAAUGACGGUGUCGUGCAGGGUAAUGCGGUUCGAUUUUGUGUCAGUCCUGAUGAGAACACACAAAGGUUUGGAGUUGUGAUCAACAGAAUUGAAAACUUGUUCUUUACUCGAGACGAUUCUGGAGAAACGAUGGCUCUAAUUCGCGACCGCGGUGUCGUGGCGGAUCCCAGAAUCACGACAGUUAACUGUACAACUGCUUCAGUUGUUUGUGGCGUACACACAACACCAAGCAACAUAUUUUACACCGGUCCUGGAUCAAUCAGAGCGAUUGGAGAAGUUGUUUUCAUGUACAAUUAUAAUUCACGUCGUCGUCGCACUGUCCGAGUGCCUGUUGAAAUGGACGAGAGACGCCUUGGAAACCUCGCUGGUUUGGAUGCGGGAAAGUAUCCUUUUGGGAUUGAGAUCAAACUGUUACCUGCACAGAAUGAUCAUGAAGCUCUCAUGUAUCGCUGUAACGAGAAAAAUCAAGAAUUGACUGCAGAGGAGCAGCAGAUGCCCUUGUAUCGAGGAGAUGCCGUUCGUGUGUGUGCCAUCCCAGACUCAAGAGCUGUAGAGAAUGGAGUUUUCUUGCACAACUUUCAUAACUUUGUCUUCAACCAGCCUAAUGAGCAUUCUCAGACUGCCAUUGGUGAUGGCGGGCUUGCAUUUAUCGACACGUUGGUGAUUUGUCAAUCAGGUGACCCAGUGUGUGCCAUGAAGACGUAUCUCCACGAUGACUUCUUCAACGAGGCUAUCCCAGUAGAAGGAAAAGCAACAGUUCGUCUCCAGUUUGGAUCGGAGCGUAUUGGUAUUGCCCCUACAGAUGGAACUGAUCCAUCCGUUGCUGGUAGCUCAGAGCUUCAAUUCUUCUUCCCUGUGACGACUGACGAUCCACCGGCUGGAAGAAAUGGGGACCCUGUCAAUGAUCUUGAUAAUUGGUGGCUUGACACGCCGUGGCCACUGCGUGUCUUCUACAUUGUCAUGUUCGUCAUCCUUAUUCUCCUUUGUCUGUUCUGCUUCUUCGCGCUCUUGUUUGGAGUUCCAGAUUUCUUUGGCAAAAAGAAGAAAGAACAAGAAGACGAGGAGUUCUUCAACAAUGCGCCUUUCAUUCCACCAAACAAAGUCAAAAGUAACGUGGUUGACAAUCCUCACUUCUGCAAUGCACUGAAGAACCCAGAGCAAUGGUAUGCUGAUCCUAAUGGUGCAUACGAUCCAAGUGGAGAUCGUGGUUUCGAGGAUGUUCCAGAAGACGAGCCAGAAGACGACGCUCCUCUCCUUGCCCUGGAUUACUGGGGGCCAAUAGACCCUGAUUUGGCCGGAGGUCGUAAAUCCAAAUCGAAUGGCCAGGUACCUACCCCGGAGACUUCGCACUCGGACAGUCCCAGUCCGGAUAUCCCAGCUCAUGAUGAUUCUUCAUUUGUCUCCGAAACAAAGGACGAACAGGGAUAUCAAGACAUGGGAGGAUACGAGGACACGAAAGACGUCGAAGACGAGAGUAUUGUUGAUAUCGACUAG